UUCACCCACCCGACUUUUGACCAUCUCAAGGCCGAUCUGGUCUGAAAAUAUUGUGUUAGAUUCUUCACUCUUCCAAGUAAUUUCAGACUUACUCUGAUUAUCAUCACUGUUUUCGUGAUUUCCACUGCCAUUGAUCCAUCAGUGUGAUCCCUUUAUCUUUCUCUCGAUCUCUUAUUCGGCCUCCUCUCUCUCUCUCUUUUCUUUUCUUUUCUUUUUUUUUGCCCUUCUAGUUAGUUUUCUUCUAAGGAUCUGUUUUAUUUCAUUUGCCUUUUUUCUUCUAUUCUAGUUUGGAACUUGGAAGGCAAGUGAACGAGAAAGCAAAAAGAGUUGAAAAUAAUGGUGGAUACUGCUGGAAGUGUCUCUGGCGUUGUGAGCGCCGCUCUUCCGGUUGCCAAGUUUCUGAGUACUCCGAUUGGGCGUCAAAUUAAGUAUGUUUACAACUACAACAGCAACUUGGAGAAACUCGAAAGAGAAGUUUGCAAGCUGAAGGAUGGAAGAGACGAAGUGAAGAUAAGAGUUACUGCUGCUGAAAAAAAUAUGGAAAAGGUCAAGCACAUAGUGAAGGUUUGGCUGAAGGACGUGAAUUCAACCAUUGAUGAAGCAGACAAGUUAAUUCAACAGAAAAACAACUCGUCUUCCAGUGUUGGCUUGAUCACCCGCUAUAAGCUUGGUAAGAAAGUAUUCAAGUUACUGGAGGAUAAGAUUUCUCAACUCUUGCUGGAGAAAAGGGACUUCGGUGACGUCUCUGUUCCCGCUAUUCCGAUGGGAAGAUCCCUUUCGCCUGACAAAGGUUACCAUCGUUUCAUAUCAAGAGAGCCCACGUUGAAGAAGAUAGUGAAGGCCUUGAAAGGAGGAAAUUAUAUGAUUGGGGUUUGCGGGAUGGGCGGCAUCGGCAAGACCACUCUAGUCAAGGAAAUUGGUCGACAAGUCAAAGAAGUGUACAAGCUGUUUGAUGAGGUGGCUUUUGUACAGGUAACUCAGACUGUAGACAUAAAGAAGAUUCAGAUGGAACUUGGAGAGCAGCUGCGUCUUCGAUUUAAUAACGAGGCUGAAAUAACAAGCAAGCUGUAUGCUCGAUUGACUAACAACAAGGAGAAGAAUGAGGAGGAGAACGAGGAAGAGAAUGAAGAGAAGGAGGAGAAGAUCCUUAUCAUUUUAGAUGACAUUUGGGCUGAUCUUGACUUAAAGACUAUAGGAAUUCCUGAUGCAGCUGAUAAUGGGAAAUGUAAAUUGUUGUUGACAACAAGAGAGAAACAUGUGUUGGAGAUGAUGGAUUCUGCAGUUUUCGAAAUUGGCAUUUUAACUGAAGAAGAGAGUUGGAGGUUAUUUAAGGAUAUGGCAGGUGAUUUUAUUGAAACAGAAGAGAUGAGAUCUUUGGCGGAAGAUAUAUGCAAGAAAUGUGGUCGUUUGCCUAUUGCAAUCAUAACAGCAGGGAAAGCAUUAAAGAACAAGAGAGAUCCAUCUCAAUGGAAUGCAGCCCUCCUACAACUGAAAAGGUCUUCCACCGCAAACUUCAGAGGAGCCCUAAAGGCGGCAUAUAGAUCAAUUCAGUUGAGUUACGAUUUCUUGAGUAAGGAACAGCAGAACACUUUUUUGCUUUGCAGUCUAAUGAGGCAUCGAGGUUUCAUUUCAGACUUGGUAAAAUAUGUUCUUGUUUUGGAUAUAUUUCAAGGAAUAUAUAAGAUUGAAGAAGCACGAAUUAAAGUUCAAGCAUUGAUCCAUGAACUUAAAGACUCUUAUUUGUUAUUUCAUGAUCAUAUUAGUAACUCCUUCUCAAUGCAUGAAUUUGUGCGUGAAGUUGCUUUAUCGAUUGCUAGUCGAGAUGCCCAUGUCUUUUCUGUUAGGAAUGAGACUGAAUGGGAAUGGCCCAGUCAGGAUAGACUAAACAGUUGCAAAUAUAUUUUCAUUCGUGAUAGCACCAUUAGUGAGCCUCGUGAUGGUUUGGAAUGCCCAGAACUUGAAUCUUUCUUUAUGAAUACCAAGGUCGAUGAUUCUCGUACUGAAUUGCCAAAGAGUUUUUUCGCAGGGAUGACAAAGCUCAAAGUUUUAGAUUUGACUAGAAUAAAGUUUUCCUCUUUGCGAUCCACACUUGGGCUCUUAAAAAAUCUUCAAACAUUGUGUCUGGAUUACAGUAGUUUUGACGAUGUAACAGUUAUUGGAGAGCUAAGUGAGUUAAGAAUUCUUAGCUUAAGAGGAUCAAAUGUUAGGCACUUGCCUAGAGAAAUAGAUAAACUGAGGCAAUUAAGAUCGUUAGAUUUGAGUAAUUGUCAGCAACUAAAGAGUGUAGCACGAAAAGUGAUAUCAAGCUUAACCAAAUUGGAAGAAUUGUAUAUGAGAGGAUGCUCUAUUCGAUGGGAGGAUAGAAGGAAUGCUAGCCUUGAUGAAUUGAAUCAGUUGUCUCAUCUCACCACUUUAGAACUAGAUGUUAAAGAUGAACGUAUUUUUUCAAGUGGGUUUUUCUCCAAAAAGUUGAGAAGGUACAAUAUAUCUAUAGAAGAAAAGUCUUUCACAUGUUGUACAUCAUGCACAUCUAGGAAAUAUUUGGAAAAUGUUGAAAUUUUUAAUGAGUAUGAGACUUUGAGAACGCUAAAACUGAAGCAUAAUUCUAUCAUUUGGUUAAGGGAAUUGCCAUGCUUCAAGAAUGUUGAAUUCUUAUGCUUAGGCAAAUUGCGAGGUAUCAAGAAUUCUCUUUGUGAAUUAGACAGAGAGGGAUUUUCGCAAUUGAAACAUCUCCAUGUCUAUGAUAAUCCUAAAAUCUCCUGCAUUGCAAACUCCUCAAGUUUCAUAGAUCAUGAAGCCUUCCCCAACUUGGAAUCAUUGAUUCUUUUUAAUUUGACUGAGUUGGAGAACAUAUGUUCUGGUCAUCCCACAACAAAUACUUUUAGCAACUUAAAGAUCAUAGAUGUGGAAGGAUGUGCUAAAUUGGAAAAAGUCUUCUCAUUUGCCGAUGUUAGAAACCUUCCACAACUUCAAAGAGUCACUAUGGAUGAUUGCGAGAAUUUGAAAGAGGUAUUUGUUGUUGAAAGAGAAGGUGAUGACAACAUCAAUAAAGUGAUUGAUGAAGUUAACUUCUGUCAAUUACGCUUCCUGACGCUCAAAUCUCUUCCACAGCUUACAAGCUUCUGCUCUCAAGUAAAGAAACAUGAAACAUUGCAAGAGAGACAGAUGGAUGAGCUUGAUACUCUCACGUCACUUUUCAACAUAAAGGUUGGUUUCCCCCACUUGGAGGCCUUAGAGUUAAGAGAAAUUGAUGUUGAAAAGAUCUGGGAUAGCCAACAUUCAACGCUAUUGUCAUCUUAUAAAAAUUUAACACGUCUGACUUUGUCAGAUUGCGAAAAACUAAAGUAUGUUUUUCCAUCCUCCUUAGUCAAAAACUUUGAGCAGCUCCAGCAGCUUCAGAUUCACAAAUGUAAAGUUUUAAAGGAGAUUGUAGGGAAAGGCAGUGGAGAAAGAGAAAUUGCCCCCAAGUUUGUCUUUCCGCGGUUAACCUUCUUGAGUCUCAAAUGGCUUCCAGAACUAGAAAAUUUUUACCCUGGAAGACAUUCUUCUGAGUGGCCAAUCUUAAAGGAGUUGGUGGUGUGUUAUUGUGGCAAAGUAAAGAUAUUCAAUUCACAAAAUAAUGAAAGGCAACUCGGAAGUUUGGAGCCACAAUCCCUCUUCUCCUUCCAACAGAUUAACCGUUAUUUGGAGGCAUUGACUAUAAGCAGAAUGGACAGCAAUAUGAUAUGGCAAGGCCAGUUUCCAUGUGAUCAUUUUUCUGGACUUAAAGUUCUUAAGGUCAGGCAUGAUAAGUCGGAAAUUAUUCCACUAGAAAUCUUUAAGAGAUUUAAGUACUUGGAAUGUCUUGAACUAAUGAAGGGUUCAUAUGAAGAAAUAUUCUCGCAUCAAGAAGUUGAGAAUCAUGACUGGAUGCGGACAAGCAUGAAUCUUAAAGUCCUGAAAGUAUACGGGUGUGAGAAAUUGAUUAAUCUAUCUACAUCCUCAGUAUCCUUCCAAAAUCUCACAGUUCUGAAGGUGAAAGACUGUAAUGGAUUGGUAAACUUGAUAACAUCUUCAACAGCCAAAAGCUUGGAGCAAUUAAGAGAAAUGGAUAUAACAGCAUGUGAAACAAUGACAAAAGUAGUAGAACGUGAGGAAGAUGAUGAUGCAGAAGAUGAAAAAAUUGUUUUCAAGAACUUGAAGUCUCUAUCACUCAAUAAUUUAGAAAGACUCACGUGCUUCUACUCUGGGAAUUACAUUUUGGAAUUCCCAGUUUUUGAAGAAUUAGAAGUGAAUAAUUGCCCCAUGAUGAAGAUGUUUUGUAGAGGAGUAGUAAGAGCACCAAGUAUGAGAGUAAAGGUAUCCAAUUAUGAUGAAAGCUGUUCGGGGGGAGAGCUUAAUAAGGCCAUACAGAAACCAUACAAAGAAAGAGGCAAGUGUUUUGAAUGCUGUGAAUUCUUGAGAUGA